AUGGCUUCUCCAUCCAUUAUGCAGCUGUCGUCGCUGUCGCGCAGGUCGCUUUCGACGCGAUCCCCAGCUCAGCUCCUGCGCUCCGCAAGACCCUUGAGGUCCUCGGGUCUCUCCCAGCAGUCUUUCCAGCGCACUGCUCGUCGCUCUUAUGCUGAUGCAGCUCCCUCAUCUUCUCCCGCCCCGAAGCCCAAGAAGCGAUUUAGAUUUUUGCGAUGGACUUGGCGGUUAACCUUGCUCACUGGUGUUGGUUUGACUGGUGUCCUGGCUCACAGCAUCUACGACCUCCGCCAACCCCCAGAGCAAUUUCACCCGGAUCCCGAGAAGAAGAACCUGGUCGUUCUCGGUACCGGAUGGGGUGCUGUUUCUUUGCUCAAGAAAUUGGACACCGAAAACUACAAUGUCAUCGUCAUCUCUCCCCGAAACUACUUCCUGUUCACCCCUCUCCUGCCUUCCUGCACCACUGGUCAGGUUGAGCACCGCUCCAUCAUGGAGCCCAUCCGUAACAUUACCCGUCACAAGAAGGCCUCCGUCAAGUUCUACGAAGCCGAAGCUACCAAGAUCGACUACGAGAACCGCAAGAUCUUUAUCAGUGAUGACUCUGAGAUCAAGGGUGACAUCUCUCACACUGAGGUGCCUUUCGACAUGUUGGUCGUCGGUGUUGGUGCCGAGAACGCUACUUUCGGUAUCAAGGGUGUCAAGGAAAACUCCUGCUUCCUGAAGGAAGUCGGCGAUGCUCAGAAGAUCCGCAAGCGUAUCAUGGACUGUGUUGAGACCGCCAUGUUCAAGGACCAGAGCCCCGAGGAGGUUAAGCGACUUUUGCACAUGGUUGUCGUUGGUGGUGGUCCCACUGGUGUUGAGUUCGCCGGUGAGCUGCAGGACUUCUUCAACGACGACUUGAAGAAGUGGAUCCCUGAAAUCAAGGACAACUUCCAUGUUACUCUCGUUGAGGCCCUGCCUAACGUUCUUCCCAUGUUCUCCAAGCAGCUGAUUGACUACACCGAAUCGACCUUCAAGGAGGAAUUGAUUACCAUCCGCGCCAAGACCAUGGUCAAGAACGUCACCGACAAGUUCAUCCAAGCCGAAGUCACCAAGCCCGAUGGAUCCAAGGAGAUCGAGACCAUCCCCUACGGUCUGCUAGUCUGGGCCACCGGUAACGCCGUCCGCCCCCUCGUCCGCGACCUGAUGAACCAGCUGCCCGCUCAGAAGAACUCCCGCCGCGGUCUUGCCGUUAACGAGUACCUGGUGGUGAACGGUGCCGAGAACGUUUGGGCUGUCGGUGACUGUGCCGUCACCAACUACGCCCCCACCGCCCAGGUUGCCAGCCAGGAGGGUGCUUUCCUUGCCCGUCUCUUCAACACCAUGGCCCAGACCGAGGAGGUUGAGAAGGAGCUCAAGCACCUGUCGGACCUCCAGUCCCAAGCCAAGGGUAACGAAGAGCGUAACCAGAUCCUCGAUGAGAUCCGCGAGCGCCAGAAGCAGCUGCGGAGAACCAAGCAGAUUGGUCCCUUCCAGUACUCGCACCAGGGAAGUCUGGCCUACAUUGGAAAGGAGCGUGCCGUUGCGGAUAUCAGCUGGCUGAGCGGCAACAUCGCAAGUGGUGGAACCAUGACCUACCUCUUCUGGCGCAGUGCCUACCUGAGCAUGUGCUUCAGCACCCGUAACCGUGUGCUGGUCACUGUCGACUGGAUCAAGGCCAAGCUGUUCGGACGUGACGUUUCCCGGGAGUAA